CCUUGAUAAGAAGCCAACGAUUUUGGAUGGUCUGGACGGAUCCUGCAAACAAGCUUGCAAACUCGGCCUGACACGACCUGGUUGUAUCUGUUCGAAGGAUUCGCCUAUCGAGCUGUGCAAGUUGGCGUGUGAUCUCAAUGGAGAAGGUCCUAACUGUGAGUGCACAGUCAUAUCACGUGCAAGGCCUGAGGGUAUGAGCGAGGUUCGAGUUGUAAUAUCAGAGAGAGUUGUUAUCUCAGUCAUCAGGCCUGUCAACAAUGGCAUCAAGGAUGAAGUAACGACCAUUAACCCUCACACGGACGUGCCGGCCAAGUCCACGACCUUGAGCCCCAUUGACGAAUUCUGCAAGGAAGCCUGCGAAGAGGGCGUUGGAGGGCCCGAGUGCAACUGUGCUGACCAUCCUAUUGGCUGAACGUCCUCAGUCAAGGAACAACCGCCCAAUUGCUCGAAGUGAGACUUCAUGGGUGGUGAUCUACCAAGCCCUGCAUGUAGCACUGUGGUAAGUAGCACAGGUUGUUACUUCAGCUUGGAAAACUAUGUACAAACCAGGGAGGUGGGAUAUCCUUUGGGAUUCAAAACUCCAGCGUGGACCAUGGAGCAACUGAUCUGGAUUACCAAAAACAAAACAGAAAAUCUCUCAAAUUAAAUUAUAAUAUAUUUCCCUUCUAAUCAAAUUUGAUUCUUUGUGAAAAGUAAAAUUUGAGCAACUGAUUUUUUGCUUUGUACCCAAAGUUUGUUUCCAAAAAAUUAGAUUGUAUAAAGUUCUUAGAUUGAUUAAUAUUUUAUAGUUUUAUAUUCCUUUAUAUUUUUAUGUUGUGGUGUUUAAACAGUGCAAACUGCUCAGGAUCUGUGGAUGAUGAUGGUGAUAGUGUGCAAAUAAAGACUGUAUUGUUAUC